GUCCUGCAGCGCUGGUUGAAAACUCCAACGUACGUCAGCGGUUUCCAUGGUGAUGAUUGGUCUACAACACCGAGAAUAACACUUUCAUAGCCUAAACACGUUCAUUAAACGCUUUGUUGUUCUAUAGUAGUGUGUAUCUGCCGAGCAGCCGAGCUACGUUGUCCAAGUUAUUCCUUGUCACCGAAAGUGGGUCAGUCGUAUUCCAUCGAAUCAUCGAACAACUUCGAAGGGUCGAAAGGGUUGUAUAGUUAAUCCGGAAAGUUCGAGCAAUGUGUCAGCAUAGUUCAUACCCUACAUUGAUAACGUGUGCCCAACGAUAGUGAAACGCUGUUCCGAAAAAUGGCAUCCGAACUGGAUGCGACCGUUUUGAAGAAAACGCAAAGUUCGCUCGGUAAAUUUGUCAAACGUCCGGCACUGACCGAUAAACUGCUGCGUAAGCCACCGUUCCGUUUCCUGCAUGACAUCGUUCACGCGAUAAUACGAGAGCAUGGCCUGCUGGAAGGUUUGUAUACGGCGGACGAACUAAAUUCGGACAAUAUUAAGGAUCGGGACUCGAAAAUGGCGUUUCUACAGAAGCUCAUUGACGUCGUUAAACUGACAACAGGCCGUGAACUAAAAGUUCGGCCUUCGAAAAUCGUGGCCGGUUUGGAACCGGAACGUACAAACGAACUCCUGCAGGCACUUGCAAGUGCGUUGGAAGAAAAGCUAAGCACAACAGACAUAGUGCGACAAUACUUAGGUGACAAUGUGAAGGUAAAUGGAACCGCCAACGGCACGACAAACGGUGUCCCUGAAACAAAUGGUACCACCAAAGUAGAGACACGCGAGGACAAAAAGUCACAGCAACAAAAGACGAAAGAAAAGCCAAAAGAGAAGGAAACUACAGUCGUGGAUAAACGGAAGGAUAAAAACACCAAAGUUGGAAAGGAAAAGGAUGUUGGUAAGAAUGUUUCAUCCGUUCAGCAAUCAGAAAGCAGAACGGAAAAGGGAAAAACUAAACCGAACGGUACUAAAGUUUCCAAUGAAUCAACUAAAAAGAAGCCCGAUAAGCCUAGCAAAGGGAAAGAGAAAACACUUAAACGCAUUUCCUCCAUCCCGGAAGAGCAACAUCCCACGGUCGGACCGGAAAAGGUAGUACCGGUUCGUCCGGAACCGAUAACAAAUGGUACGGAAACGGUUACAAACGGAACACCGCAUGAUAGUCGCAAGCGAAGGGAUUCGCUGAAGGAGUUUGGAGAGCCAGUAACUAUAGCCGACGCAAAUGGCGAAGAUAAUGCCGUACCAUCGGCCGACGAGGAGCAUGAGAAGCGAAAGCAGCAACAACAGCAACCCGGCAGUAACAGUAGCAGCCGACGAUCUUCGCUGAAAAAGCAAAAUAGUUUGACGGCAAGCGAAAAUAAUGCACUGUCGGAGAUGAACCAAUUCAAUGGAUUGCAUAGUUCGCUCAGUAGACAGGAUAGUGGUGGCACAAUGGGUCCCGAUACAUCGGGUAACGAGGAAGCUGCACCCGGCGAUAUGGGCCCCAACCGAACGCCAGAAGUCUCGGUAACGGCUGCACCGGCUGAAUCGAAACCGUCCACAAAACCUGCGAUGCACCGUCAGCAAUCUGUAGAGACGGUUAUGAGACCACGGACCAGCCUGAGACCACCCAGUGUUCGGCCACCGUCGGCAAGACCGGGUGCACCGCGUCGGAAGGAGAAAAACGUCGAAGUAAUACUGCAACCGAACGAAACGCAAAAGCUCGGCGAAAUCAACGUCAAGAUGGAAGUGUUCAAUAGUGAGCUGUUGGAUGACGAUGGUGAGAAUUUGAUCGUGAUCGAGGACCCGACAACCGUCACCGAUGACAUCGUGUACGGACGAGUGAUCAACCCAAGCGUGGCCACGGAAGAAACGACGGCACAGCAGUUGCUGCAGUCUGCCGAACAGGAAGAGCAACAGGGCCAUCUGGUGCAGCAAAUUUUGGAAACACAGAAAGAAUUUUCCACCCACACGGGAACCGACAGUGAGAUGCUACGGAAAGCAGAUAUGGAAUGGACCGCCGGACAAAGACAGUCGUCGGCGAAGCAGAUGGAAUCGUUGCGCGAAUCGAUACAAAAGUUAACCCGUUCCGUGAAUCCGCUCGGGAAGCUGAUGGAUUUCAUCCAGGAAGAUAUCGACUCCAUGGAGCGGGAGUUAGCUAGCUGGCAGCAGAUCUAUACCCAAUCCAUGGUGGAGCUAAACAAAGAGCGAAGUGCGACGGAGAACGCCAUCGAACCACUGAAGCAACAGUUGCAGCAGAUUGAAGUAAACAUCAAAGAGUACCGCGAAAUGAUCGACACAACGCGGGGCAACAUUUUGCAAAACGAGCAGAAGAUUGAACGACUGUACAUGACGGAAAUUUAGCGAAACGUUACGCGCGAUCGGCGUGUACAUGGAUAAUCACCAUGUAGUUGUAGUAGCAGCAUGAGAUUGUAAUUUUCCCUCCCAUUUUUAUUCCAAUCCACCACAAGUGUCCUCUUCGCAGAACGAAUUGCAAACGAACCACAUAUAGUAACGAACUUUAAUGAAGAAUAAACGCAGCACAGAUGAUCACACAGAUGAUCACACAGAUGA